AUGAUGAACAAGGGGGGGAAGAAGGAUACCCGCAACAGUAAAACGCCCCCCGAUAGGAGAAAAACAAAACCUUUUGAGCAGCCUACCUCUCCAGUUCAAGAAGAGCCAGAGCCUGUGAGCUGUGUCCUGCAAGGAGAUGAAAUCCAAGCCCUGGCAAUCAAGUUGGAAGACCUUAAAAAACUCCAUGCAGAACACCCUCCCGAAGAAGAAGAGAGACCUUCCAUAACCAAGAAAUUCCUCGUUCGUAAAUCCAAGCCCAAAACAACUGGGAAGAAAAAACAUUUCCUGGUUGCUUAUCCAGCUGUCACCGAUGAAACUCAGAAAUUACUGCAUUAUUCUGGUAUAGAAGGACCAGUAGUUGAUAACUACGGACACAUCCUGCCCCACAGCAUCUUGGGAACUCUCCAGGAAUUCAAGAAAGAAGCCUUAUCAAGAGGAGUUUCUCAAGUGACAGCGAUGAUUCCUGACUCACCGCAGUCGGCCAGCACAGUGCCGGUUUGGUGGAGACACAGAGCGAAACAUGAGGAAAAAGAGAAAAACACUCCGGACUCUUCUUCACAGCACAUGGCCCUUCAGAACUGGCAUCGGAAUAUGGCGCUCAGGAGGAAACAGCAGAAAGGGCUGUGUGAGAGACUUCAAAAAUCAGAAAGUGAGCUGCUGAUGAGCUUUUCGGACAAUUAUAGGCACGUCCAGGAGGAGCGUACUCUAAUUGAUCGCUGUCUCCCUACUCUUUACCCUGGAAAGGGCUUUGCAGGGAAUGAAUUUUGGACCGAGCCUGAGCGUAUUGGAGAUGAACUCACGGGUCUGUUGGUGACACUAGGCCACAGUGAACGUGGCUUCCUGGAACCAGUGACUCAUAUUGGGAGACCACACAACAUCUGGAUGGAGAUGGGUACCAGACCUCCAACGCACCUCCCUUUUCAUCGCAGUUGGGAAAAGAGCCUCUUUCGAAAGCAUCGGCGAAAGGAAUUAAAAGAGAUCUUAGAAAAGAUGGAUUUUUAUUGCCCGGACCUGGAUGGCCUGGAAGUCAUAGGUAGAAACCAGCCUUUUGUCAAUGUAUCAGCGCAGAGUUUUGCAAGCUGUGAUGGCAUUAAAGAAUCUGAUGAACAAAGAGAAAUCCAGGAUCCAUUAGCAGCGUAUCCAGAUGUAUUUGAAGAACCCGUGUUGGGCCCAUCUCUGAUGUUCUGUGGGCAGCCAGCUCGUUGGAUCAACAACUCUUCUCAUGAGGGUGAAAUCGGCAUUGCUGCACGAGUCACCUUUGAAAUUUUGGUAGGUGAGAAAGCGGAAUCGUGGCUCACGGUGAGCAACGAUGGCACAGCGGCCAUCUGGUAUGAUUGGCGGAGGCAGUCUCAGCCUUUCUCCUUUCAGGAGAAGAAGGGGGCCAGGAUGCCGUAUUUUUACUUUAACACCAGGUCAGGUGUUAUCUUGCCUGGAGAAACCAGGAAAUUUUCCUUCAUCUUCAAAUCGUUGAAUGCUGGAAUCUUCAGUGAAACCUGGGAGUUUGGCACUCACCCUGUGUUAUUAGGGGGGGCUGUGUUGCAGAUGACCCUCUGGGGAAUUGCUGUGUAUGAAGAUAAAACUUCAGAGCUUAGGGAGAGCCUCCAGCAAGAGAUGAAAGACCGGGAAAUUGCUGUUAUAGUGGAGGAGAAUCUGAAAGAGCUGCUUAGUCGAAUUCGUACACCACCACUAACACCUUCUCCUAUGGAUGUGUUCGUCUCGGAGGAAGAUGUAUUCCAUACAAUGAACCCAGAGUUACACUACCAGCACCAAGUGGUGAAGGGGCUUCAUGAACUGUGGGACAAAUUCAUGAAUCCUCCAAAAAGCAUUGGUAAUGUGGAUGACCUCUCCCAACCAAAGAGUGCUCUGGAGUUGCAACAGAAAAGUCCUGUGGAAGAUACAAGCAAGAGUAUCUCCCCAGAUAUUUCAGGAGCACGAAAGUCAGUGGUGGAGUCGCUGAUGAGCCACGUGAGUGCAACUGAUGAAGAGGAGGAUGUGAAUCGAGUGGAGUGGAAUCUUUCCAUUGCAGAUUUUAGACAGAUUUUGCUGGCAGUCCCUGUGGAAGAAGAGCGAGAAGCUGCUCUGGCCCACCUCAAUAAAGCUGCACUUGAGCUUUGUAAUGCACAGAUAUCACCGCAGACAGACCUCAUGUACCAGAUUUGUUUCCAGUUGUGGCGUGAAGUAAUUGAUGGACUAGUGAGCUGUUCACUAUCGCUGAGAUCCCUGCUUGGUAUGCCGGAGAAGGACACUUACUCAGAACUUGGCCCAGAAGAACCAGCUGAGGUAAAACCAGUUCUUGUGAAGGGAGGGAAGGAAGACCGGAAACUUCAGAAAGAAGAUAAAAAGUCUGCUGGGAAGGAUGAAAAGAAAGGAGGAAAGACAGGCAAAGAGGAACGUCCAAACAGCAAGAAAUUGAAGUCAAAGGAAGAGCGAAAAGUGAAAACUUCCACCAGGGAGACAAAAGAUCACAUCCCUUUUGCAUUGGACAUGGUAGAGUCAGGGGCUAUCCAUCCUCGACAGGAACAGGUGGACCCAAUUGUGCAGGGAAAAUACCACGAGAAACUUUACGUCGAAGUCUAUGGAUUACUGAGUUCCAUGUUAAGCAAAAUGCUUUUUCUCUUCGAGGAGCUGGAUGCCCUGGAGAAGAAGAAGAAGAAAGCAUUUUUUGGUUCUGAUUUCAUAAUGAAAUAA